AUGUUCAAGUCUGGGAACAACUCGUCCUCGUUGCUCCCUUCGUCUGGGGCCUCGUCGCCGACUUACAGGUCCAACCAUCCUAUCGCCAAGGUCCUCAAGUCCAAGCCCGCAAAAACAAUCCUUGUCGCCUACGUCGGCUUCUGCGCCCUCUUCACCCUUAAACACAUCUUCUCCUACCACUCCCAGCCAAAGCCUAUCGUAUACAAGCACUUCGACCUUCAGCGCACAUACGACGCCGAUGCAUCCUAUUCGGUGGUGGCUAACUUGUCUUCAAGUGUGAUUUUGUCAAAGAUGUUUACCUUCCAUACACCUGCCAUUACCGACAGUAUUCAGCCCUUCUACAUCCGCUCGACCUCAACACCCAAGUCAGAGGACAUCACCCUUGCGACCUUUGUACCCCAGGACGAACUCUCCGAACUGGCCUCUCUUGUGGAGCGUUAUCCAGGUCCUAUUUCGGCAGUGCUGCACAUCGACCAACCCUCAGAUAUCCCAGGAACACCCAGCCCGAUCAAGCGUUUGUUGGCUAUGAGGGCAAGCAACCCCAAAGUCCGGGAGCAGGUCGACAUUCAUCUGAUAACCACCCCAGCAACCCAUCGACAGACCACCAUUCAACAGCAAGCCAACCUCCAUCGCAAUCUGGCUCGAUUCUUUGCCCGAUCAGAUUACGUCCUGUUGAUGGACUCGGACGGCUCACUGCCCAUGACCAAUGUGGCCAGGAGCUUUGAGCAGCACCCUCAGUGGAUUGAGAAAUUGAGAGCCGGAAACGUAUUUGUCUUGCCUGGAUUCAACGUCUCGACCACAGCUACAUCGACUUUUCAGGAUGAUAUGACUAUCGCUGAUGUCGGGCUGGUUCCCGCGCUGUCCGUUGCCAACUUGCCCGCAGACAAGGAGUCAUUGUUGGGGUACAUCCGAGAGGGCCAGGUGUCGCUUUCGGAAAAGACCUGGAAGAAGACGAUCAGGAACGUGGACUUUAAUGCAUGGGCUGGCCAGACACGGCUGAGUGCGAUUCAAAACUACGACCCUUACUUCAGCCCGUCGGUAGUGAUGCGGAGGGACAAGAUGCUCUGGUGCCCUGAGAGAUUCGGAGAUAACCAUGCGGCAUGCAUGUUUGAACUCUACCUGAGCGGAGCUGAUUUCUGGGUGCUUCCCAAUGACUUUACUGUCAAUGCUGCAACCCGCCCCGAGAAUGUUGUUUCUGACCGCGAGCAAAUGAUCAACACUCGUUUGUACCAAAAGUUUCACGAGGAGUCGUGCUUGAAGCAUGCGCGUGCCUUCUAUGCUGCUGGCGAGUGGGACUCUGACCGGGCGCGCCACUGCCGUAUCAGUUGUCAAAAAGUCCUUGCUGUUUGGGGUCUUGUUAUCCGUCAAGCAUAG